AUGGAUCUUCUGAAAAACGAGAGAGCCAAUUCUGAAAAAGAACUGUCGCUAGAAUUGAAGAAUUUGGAGCUUUUGAUUCACGAGUGUAAGAAAUUUAUGCAACCAGUUGAAACUGCUAUUGAUGCGAUUCGGGCGACUUUGAGUGAAGAACGGAAGGCGAAUUUAUCGAAUGAGGAGUUGAGAAUUAUGAUAAAUGAGAAGAUAAAGAAGGAUAGAAUGGAAGUUCAGACGUUUAUUUUUGAUCCAAACACGACGUUGUCGCUUAUUUCGAAGUAUAUGGAUGCUGAGGAGGACGAGCUAAAAGUCAGUUCUUCUAUAGAAAUCGACUAUCUUCAUGGUGAUGAAGAUCAGUCCCAUGCUGAAGAUGACAAGAGCGUGGUCGAUUCAGCUGAGAAGCAGCAAAAUCAAUCUUUGCCAGAGGUGCCAAAAGAAGAUAAACAGAAAAGAAGACGAAGACAACGAGGAAAGAAAACAAAAGACGGCAAUCAAGCUGUAAAGAAAAUCGAAGAAGGAAUGGAGAAUUUAUCUCUUCAUCCUAAGAAUACCAAGGAAAAUCAAAAUACCUCGAAAUCUCAAAUAACGGAGAAAAAACCAAGAAAAAGGAGGCCAAGAAACAGAACGAGAAGCGAUAUAUGUUCACAUAACAUGAUACUCUACAAGAAAAACGACUCAAAUUACAUUGAUCAUUUUUUGGCGCGAAUAAAUUCAUGUGGUCAUCAAUUUGGCGGAUCUUGCCUGGAAAUGCUUUGCGUAGAUAGACAAUGUGGAUAUUGCCCAAAAUGCAAAAGACCUUUUACCAUGGAAGACAUUAAACCUGUUCAUUAA